CACGGUUGGAGGGUUUUGGAAGGAAUCGUUCGUUUUGUUGUUGUUGGGUUUCUUUCUUAUUUUAAAGCGUUUUCCAUCCCCACGGCCACCUCACCAUUCGAUAGGGGAUUAGAAGACCAUGUUGGUAAAACGCCUGACCUCCACCUUCCUUCAACGGCCUUUGACAGCCUCAGCAACAAGAUGGUCGUCAACCUCAACACAAGCACCGCUCGCAGUGUCUCGUAUCGUCAAGUCCAUUACACAAUCCCCAAAAGAGCAGCUACCAAACAACCAGCUUGUCUUUGGUCGAACGUUUACCGAUCACAUGUUGACUGUGGAGUGGGACGCUACAGUCGGCUGGAAGGAACCAAACAUUAAGCCAUACGGAAAGAUAUGUCUGGACCCUUCUGCUGUCGUAUUCCACUAUGCGCUGGAAUGUUUCGAGGGAUUGAAGGCAUAUAAGGACAAGAAGGGCAAUAUCCGACUGUUUAGACCGGACCUUAACAUGAAGCGUCUCAUCAGUUCAUGUGAACGUCUCACUCUUCCCACAUUUGACUCUGCUCAACUCCUCGAAUGUAUCAAGGAGCUUCUCAGGGUUGACCAAAAAUGGAUCCCAAGCGAGCGCGGGUAUUCCUUGUAUCUUCGUCCAACAUGUAUCGCAACCCAAGAGUCUCUUGGCGUCGGUCCAUCUAAUCGUGCCCUCCUCUUUGUCAUUGCAUCCCCUGUCGGUCCUUACUACAAAACCGGCUUUAACGCCGUAUCUCUGUAUGCUACGCAGCAGUACACACGGGCAUGGCCUGGGGGAACAGGGGAUGCAAAGAUUGGUGCAAAUUAUGCACCAGGUAUCAAGCCUCAGAUCGAAGUGGCAAAAGAGGGAUAUCAACAAAACCUGUGGCUAUUUGGUGAAAAACAGCACAUUACCGAGGUUGGCACCAUGAACUUUUUCAUGUACUGGACGAACGAGCAAGGGGUAAGAGAACUCGUCACGCCACCGCUUGACGGCACUAUCCUCCCCGGAGUUACAAGAGACUCUAUCAUGGGCCUAGCCCGCUCUUGGAACGAGUUCAAGGUGACGGAGCAGCCCAUAUCAAUGUUUGAUGUCAGAAAAGCGGUUCAAGAAGGUCGUGUUCACGAAAUGUUUGGGUCCGGUACAGCAGCCAUUGUUUCCCCUAUCAAAAAGAUCAGAUUCGAGGGCGAAGACUUGGACAUCCCAUUGGACCCAAGCGAUAAGACUAGCCAGGCUGGACCCUUGACAAAGAGGAUCGCGGACACUAUUAUGGGUAUACAAUACGGGGAAAUCGAGCACCCGUGGUCCGUCGUUGUGUAGGCGGCUUUUUGGAGAUGAAUUAUUAGCGGACGCUGCUAGUAGAGCUCUAUAUAAAAUAUGAGAAAUCUCGUCUACACUUGUCUAGUCUGCAUCUGCCGUAUCAUUAAUCUCGUAAUGUCAUUACGUUAAAUCUAUAACCUCGCACCAGCUUCUUACUCUUUUGAUACUAGGUAGUGUCGUGUCGCACUCAUCCUCGAUGACAAUUACACUGGUCACUGUCC